CUCCGAGCGCUUUGUCCAGUGCUCUGCGCACAGUAAGCGCUCAAUAAAUACGAUUGAAUGAAGGAAAGAAGUGAAGAGCCAUCCCGCCUGAGGCCAUCAGCCUGCGCUGUGGGACUGUCAUGGCAACGGGUCGGUGAAUGGAUGAAAUGGAGAAAGUUGGGGAACUCACCAACCCUUCUCCCCUUCACCUCUUGCCACAGGCACCCACCACCCCGCCCGCCGUCAUGGGGGGCAGGACGGAGCCUACCCUGUCUCCCCACCACAGCCUGGAGUCGGGAGACCCCCGAGCCGGGACAAAGCAUCACCCUCGCCCCUUCCCUGCCUGGGACCCAGGAGAACUCCAGGGCUCAGGCCCGCCCCUCUGGGGGGGAUCGGCUCCUUUGGAGAGGGGGCGGCCCGGAGGCUGAACCUUCUCACUUCGGGGCAGUGGGAGGGACGAGAGGAAUGGGAGGGGACGGACGGGAAACCCCAGUCCCCUCCCGAAGGGGAGGGGUCCGAUGCGAAGCCCCUGCCCUCUGACCCCAGCAGGAAAAGUCUAUUCCUGCGGAGAGGGUGGCAGGGCUCCGGGAGUGGAGAGGAGAGGAGAGGCGGGCGGCGGGUCGGAGCGGCAGGCGGCGAUCCCCGCCGGGCCACGGACGCGGGAGCCUCAUGGCCUUUCCCCGGGGCAGCCGGGCCCCUCCCGGCCGGGCGGCGCGCUUCUGUGCCCCGCUCCUCCUGGCAGGUGCGAGGGAAAGAGGGGCGGGCAGCGGGCUGCUGGCCGCGGGCCGGGCCGGGGGCUCCUUCCCGGGGGUCCUGACCGCUCCCCAAGCGUUUCCCCAGCCUGGGGCUCCGCCCCGGGAUCCUUGGCGGGGGGCAAACUUCCAGCCCAACCCUGGGCCCCAGGGCUAUUGCUCGUUGGGGUCCUCGAGCCCGGACCCCCCGGAGCCACCCUGGACAGUCUCCGCUCCAGCCCCAUCGCUGCCCCCUCGGAUCGGGUGACCGACCCUGUGUUGAGCGUUCCCCUCUGCUCUGCGCACAGCCUCCGUCCUGACCGCCGGGGUCCGGCCCGCCGAGCCUCUCACCGUCCGACCAGCCGUGGCUGUAGCCGGGGACAACGUCACUCUGACCGCCCGGGGAGACCUAGACCAAGUUGGAAUCUAUAGAUGGUACCGAGGGACAAAUGUGAAGGAAAACCUCAUCUGUGAAUACCAAACAGUCUCAGGCAAUCAGAUGUUUGGAGCCGCCUACACGGGCCGCGAGUCCGCACGCUCCAAUGGCUCCCUGCUCAUCACCGACGUUACGGUCAAUCAUACCGGUUCCUACUAUGUAGACAUGGUACUCAAGGAUUUUACUUCUUCUUCAGACGAAGGAGAGUUACAGGUUUACGUUGCAACUCCCUCCCCGGGGGUGUCCAAUCUCUCACUCUCCGGAGGGGCCAUUGCCGGCAUCGUUAUUGGAGCCCUAGCCGGGGGAUCGCUGAUCAUGACGCUGGGGUAUUUCCUAGUCACCUUGAAGGGCCGAAGGCAAUCGGGGGAGCCCGAGGGAGAGCCUGGCUCAGGAGGAAGAAGGCCCCCAGUGCCCAACCCCUGGAAGAGCGAUGCUUCCUAUGUUAAUUUCCAUCCCAUUGGACCAGGCCCAGUGGCUCAGCGGGGAUCUCCAAGGACAGACUCACUGGAGACCCCCACAGAGGGCAGCCAGUUCUAUGAGACCUUGGGUCCUGGAGACAUGAACAUUUACUGCAAGCUGACGCCGUUCGGGACCUGCGGAGUCACCUUGGGGCAGGUCCUGACCCCUUUCUCCAGGCCCAAGCCCACAGCCCCCAGGAGCCUCUUAGAUGGACCUGCUCUGACCUGGACCAGGGAGGAUUUGGCUCUCCCUCUCUGGAUCAGCACUGACGGGCACCCGAACCUGGAGGAGAAGGAACAGCAGGCCCAGUCUAGGACGAGCCCCUCUGGACCCCGGAAAAUGGCUUUUCCUGCCGGCGGCCGGGACCCUCCCCGUCAGGCCCCUCUUACCUGGCCAGGCCUUCUUCUCGCAGCCUCCAUCCUCACUGCCGGGGUCCGGCCCGCGGAGCCUCUCACCAUCCGACCAGACGUGGCUGUAGCCGGGGACAACGUCACUCUGACCGCCCAGGGAGACCUAGCCCUCGUUGGACUCUGUAGAUGGUACCGAGGGACAAGUCUGGAAGAAAGCCUCCUGUUUGCAUACCGAACAACUUCAGGUCAGAUACUUGGAAACGCCUACACAGACCGUGAGUUUUUGCUCCCAGAUGGCUCCUUGCUCAUCACCAACGUUACAGUCAAAGAUGCCGGUCCCUACUUUGUAGACAUCGUAUUCAAGAAUUUUACUUAUUUGUCAAGCCACGGAGAGUUACAGGUUUAUGAGAAUCUGUCCCCACCCCAUAUCACAGCCAACAACUCUGCUCCAGUGGAAAACAAGGACUUGGUAGUACUAACAUGUGAAACCAAGAAUAAUGUUGAAACGAUUCUAUGGUUCAUAAAUGACCAGGACAUCUUGGUCAGUGACAGACUGAAACUGACCAUGGAGAACAAGACCCUCAUUAUAUACUCCAUCACAAGGAAGGACAGAGGACUCUAUCGGUGUGAACUCAGAAACCCAUUUAAUUCCACUAUGAGUGACCCCUUCCUCCUGAAUGUGACCUAUGGUCCUGAUGUCCCCUCGAUUAUCCCCUCAACCCCUCCUCCUUACAGUGAAGCGGAAAACCUCACUCUCACCUGCACUGCUGACUCCAACCCCCCUGCACAGUACAGCUGGUUUUUCAAUGGAAGCUUGACACAGUCCACUCCAGACCUCCUUAUCUCUAAUAUGCAUGGGAAUCACUCCGGACAAUACACCUGUAAUGCCUCCAACCCAGUCACAGGUCUCCACAGCACCAAAGAUGAAACAAUCACAGUGAUUGUUCCCACGCCAGUCCUCUCUGCCAAUGCAACUAAUGUGACAGAAGGCAAGGAAUCUGUGGAAUUGACCUGCAAUGCCACUGGGGAAGACAUUUUGUGGCUCUUAAACAACUUCAUCAUCAGUAAUGGGAAACUAUCUGAGGAAAACAGGAUUCUUACUCUACCUAGUGUGACCCGGCAGGAUGCAGGGAACUAUCAGUGUACGGCCAAGAACCCAAUCAGUAUGAGCAGAAGCAACAUCGUCACUCUGACUGUGAACUAUGGCCCAGAGUACACGGUCAUCACUCCAGAACCUGAAUCUGGCACAGAUGGUACCAUAGAGAUCCAACCCAAUUCCGCGGUGACUCUAAAGUGCCAGGCUCAGUCUCACCCGGAUCCCGAGUAUCACUGGUUUCACAAUGGCUCCGAUUUGGGGCCUGGGAACAAAUACACUAUUGUCAAGAUGUCUUGGGAAAGAGAGGGCAAUUACACGUGUAAGACCUGGAACCAUGUGACUGACAGGUCUGAUUUAGCUUCAUUCCUUGUUAGAACAAUCGAGAGCCUGGUGCUGGCCCGGCCCAGGUGCCGCACCAAACUCCUUAUGUCCAGUGCCUUUAUUUUCAGCGCCAACACCCUCGCUGCCCCAAUUCCAGCCAGAAACAACAUCCAUGUUCACGAAGAACUGGAAGGUGAUGACAACGACCCGGGAGCCAGUGACCGGAGGGCGGACCGGAGGUAG